CAUUCGUAGGCCGUAUUGGAAGCUACACUACACACCACAUCUCUUCGCAUUUUCAAGUCAGCGGCGCACGGGGCUCGAACAUAUCAAAGCUAUAUAGACCUCAGAGAACGGCAGCAUGCUUCUCCUCGACUACCAGAAUGUGCUCAUUGAAUCGCUGCUGAAAGACCGCUUUGCUGGAGCUGCUCCUAUUAACAUUGAUCAGAUAGUCUCAGACUUUGACAAUGUCACGUUCCAUAUAUCUACCCCUGAAACCAAGACCAAAAUUCUCAUCUCGAUACGUGUGAAGUGCUUCCCAGAGCUAGUGCAAUAUGGCGCUCAGGCCGUCUUAGAAAGAGAAUAUGGGCCAUACAUAGUGUCGCCGGAGUCAGGGUAUGACUUCUCGGUCCAGGUGGAUUUAGAGGCAUUACCAGAGAGUCAAGAGGAGAAAGAUGACCUGAUUCGCCGUAUAUCACUAUUGAAGCGCAAUGCGAUGGCUGCUCCAUUCGAGCAGGCUUUUGACGAGUUCAAGGCAUUACAAGAGGAGGCAUCGAAGUACACAUCUGAACAAGCACCACAGGGUGUGCAAGAGGGAGGAGAGGUUCGGGCAAUUCACUACCGUGAAGCGGAGGCCAUCUUCGUAAAGGCCAGUCAUGAUAGAGUAACUGUGAUAUUCAGCACCAUCUUCUCCGACGAGACGGAUCGCAUCUUCGGAAAGGUGUUUCUCCAGGAAUUCGUGGAUGCGAGGAGAAGGGCCAUUCAAAACGCACCACAGGUACUCUUCCGGAAUGACCCUCCGCUCGAGCUACAAGGUGUUCCCGGUAUUGAUGCAAGUGGCUCGGCCAAGAUUGGCUACAUUACGUUUGUUCUCUUCCCACGCCAUCUAGCGGAUCAGCGUCGCGAAGAUGUUAUAUCACACAUACAAACGUUCAGAGAUUACUUCCACUAUCACAUCAAAGCAUCAAAGGCAUAUAUUCAUUCGAGGAUGCGCCGGCGCACGGCCGACUUCCUCCAAGUACUGCGCAGAGCCAGGCCCGAGGCCGAAGAGAAGGAGCGCAAGACAGCAAGUGGACGGACGUUCAAGGUGCAGGCUUAAAGUGUUCAUAGGAUAUGUUCCUGUGCAAUAGACGAGCUUUGCUUAGCCAUUCUGGGUGAAGAUGGCUCACGUAUCGCAGAUUCAGGGGGCCGUUAUUACAAUACAUAGGUGCAGGCGACGUCGUAUAGACAGUCGAAAUGUAGGUGUAGCGAUACAAACAAAAGACAUUAAAAAUGCUCAAAUCAAAUACACACGGAGUACACGUUA